GGGGAAUGCAUAUGAGGAGCAGUAUAUGAAGAAAGCUUCCCGAAGGUCAUGCAAAGGCAAACGUGGCUAGUGGGGAAUCGCCUUCCAGAAUAGGCUGCAGCCUCAGCCUUCUUCCACUGAAGUAGUUGCACAAGGUGAUGGCCGCGCCGCGGCGGCCGGCAGCGCUCCGCACGGACCCGGCGCGGCGCCGGCAAAGGUAGCGCGGCUCCAUGGAGGGCAGCGGCGCGGCCGCGGAGGAGGAGGAGAGCGGGGCCGCGAACGGCGCUCCCCCGCCGCCGCCCACGCCGGCCGCCCCCUGCGGCUUCAGCUCCUCCCUCUGCUUCAGCGCCGCCGCCGCCGAGCCGCAGCCGCCUGCGGCCGGCGGCCGGGUGGUGCAGAGCCAGUGGGAGAUCAACAACGCCGCCUGCCAGCCGGAGGAGGGGGAUGAGGAGGUGGUCGGGCCGCGGGACCGGCCGCCGGAGGAGCCCGACCUGGUGAUCGAGGUGUCGGGCCGCCGCAUUCGGGCGCACAAGUCGGUGCUGGCGGCCAAGAGUGACUAUUUUCGUGCCCGCGCCUCGCGGGACGUCCUGCGGGUGAAGGGGGUGAGCUACGGGGCGCUGCGGCUGCUCAUCGACUACGUGUACACGGCCCGCAUGGGCGAGGUGCGGCACGACAACCUGGCCGAGGUGGUGAGCGGCGCCCGCGUCCUCCAGAUGCCCUGUGCCCUGCACUGUGCCGCCGAGGCCAUGCGCGCCCAGCUCUGCCUCGGCAACUGCUACCAGCUCCUCUGCCUGGCCAAGAAGCAGCGUCUGGCGGAGCUGCGGGAGGCUGCCUAUCGUUUCAUGAGCGACCACUACCUGGAGGUGCUGCGGGAGCCCAGCGUUUACGGCCGCCUCAGUGGCGCCGAGCGGGACCUCAUCCUGCAGCAGCGCAUGGAUGCCGGCCGGCCCUGCCUGCUGGUGGCCGAGGUCAGCGACGCCUUCGAGCGGCCGGGUGGUGGCAGCCGGCCACAGAGCCGCGAGAGCAGUCGGCCGCAGAGUCCCUCCUCCGUGGUGUCGCUGGAGGAGAGCGGCUCCCUCAUUCACUGCUACCACGAGGCCAGCGGCGAGUGGAGGGUGCUGACACGCCUGCCCGAGGAGGCCAAUGCCAAAGGCUGCGCCAUGUGUGUCCUCCACAACUACCUCUUCCUGGCAGGGGGCAUUGUGACGGGGCCGGUGGGCAGCGAACCCAGGGCCCGCCUUUCCGACAAGGUCUUCUGCUACAACCCCCUGACCGACACCUGGAGCCAAGUGCGGCCGCUGGCUCAGCCCCGCUCGCAGCUCAAGCUGCUGGCCCUGGAUGGUUACCUCUAUGCCGUGGGGGGCGAGUGCCUCUUCACUGUGGAAAGGUACGACCCGCGGGCCGACCGCUGGAGCCCUGUGGCACCCCUGCCCAAGGGUGCCUUUGCUGUGGCUCACGAGGCCACCACUUGCAACGGGGAGAUCUACGUGUCAGGAGGCUCCCUCUUCUACCGCCUGCUCAAAUACGACCCCAAGCGUGACGAGUGGCAGGAGUGCCCUUACAACAGCAGCCGCCGGCGCUCUGCCGACAUGGUGGCCUUCAAGAGCUUCAUCUACCGCUUUGAUGUGAGCAGUGGCCGUGGCGGGGAGCAGGGCCCGGGCGGCGGCACCAGCGGGGCUGUUGAAGUGUUCCGGUACAACACGGUGGCCAAGUGCUGGAGCCAGUGCGCCAGCCUGCGGCCCAGCGGCGGCCCCGUCCAGCCCUUCCGCUGUGCCCCGCUGGGGAACACCAUCUACUGCGUCAACCGGACCGGCACGCUUCGCUUCAGCCUAGCCCAGGACGGUGAGGUGGAAGCAGAUGGUGGGCUCAAGGGCACCUUUGAUGGGGAGCUUCUUAAAGCUCCCUUGGACGCCAAGGGUGUCCUCCUACCCUUCGUGCUUACCCUGCCUGAGAGGCUGGACAAAACAGGGGACCAGGAGGGCUCCCUCCCUCUGUAAGGCAGCCUGGCUCUGGCUUCCUGAGAGGGGAGUUGGGUUGCAGAUCCACAAACUCCCAUCUGCAGAGGGGACCCUCUGUGUUGUGUCUGCAGAGAAAAGGGUCUUCCCCUUUCCUCCUCUCUGUUCUCAAGAUGCUGAGCUGAUUUUAACUCGUUUGUAACUCUUCUCAUGUUUGCUGUGCUUUGUAUGAAAAGCCAAGCACACAAAAGUGAAAGCUGCUAUAAAGGAUAAUCUCUGGAUUAUGCUUGUGCCAAUCUCCAAUCUGAGAAAAACAUUUUUACACCUGGAUUUCUAAAAUAUUCUCGAAAACAGUGUCAUAAUGGGACGUUAGUGUUGGUUGUGUGUUUACAGAUAGUUGCAAUCUGGGCUGGAGCCUUUUCUGUCAUUUGUGUUUUUUUCCCUCUGGGGUGAUACUGAGGCGUAAACAUUGCUGGCAACAUAGUUUAGCUGCAUUUGUUUUCAUGUUAAACCAACUAUUUCCUGUGUUUAAAAAGUAUAGGAAGAACAUCUCCAUCACAGCCUUUCAUUUCUGGUGCAAUAGAUGGUUUAAGGAAGCUGUGGCACUGUAGUAGUCCCAGGAAUUUCAACUACACGUGAUUUAACAGAUACCAAACUUAACGUUUUAAGUAACACAAAUGUGUGCCACAUGUUUUUCUUGGAAUGCAAAGAAAAAAAAAGGUCAAGUUGCCUUUUUAAAAUGUGGCAUUUUAUGGUAGAUACAAAAUGUUGAUAUGUUCUUUAUUUGAAAAGGGCAAUGGUUUCUGUAUGAAAAGAUAGUUUCAUUACUUUUUUGAUUGGAGAUUUUAAAUUAAAAAUAAACUGAAGCUGUUCAGACUGCAACCAGUUGACAUGACCAUAUAUGCCACUAGAGCUGGGGAAGAUCUUUGUAUUUCAUAUGCUCUUUAAUUGACUGCAGUUCAAGAAAGGUUAACCUAAACCAACCUGUGGCAAAAGGCCUUUCCCACUUAUUUCAAGACCAUCAAAAGGGGACACAGAAAAUAGGAAUGUGCUACACAUGUUGAUUAUAUUGUGCACUAGCAUGAUGUUACUUCCCUGUCUUUUGAUUGAGAGACUGCUUUAUUUAUUUUGAAUUAAUGAUUGCUGUAAUCAAUAAGUCCUUGUUAAUUGCAGUACGUGCUCAUGGCGUACGCUGUCGUUGUGAUUCUAAACGCCCAAGAGUGCUGUUAGUGGGGCAGCAUCCAAAUGAGGCAAAACCAUACAAAACUUCCUCCUGCCUGUGGAAAGUUGGAGCGCGCUUUUUUGUUGGAGCACAAUGUUUGUCAUGUUACUCAGAACUGGAAAAUGUAAAAUGUCUGCGCAGACAGACUAUAUUGAAAAGGGCACAUACAUUUAUUUUAUACAUUUUAUAUUUAAAAAAAAAUCAAUAGGCAAGGCAAAUGUUUUAGCUUUAUGGUAAAUCACUGAGAAACCUUUUCUGAACAAAGAACCUGUGUUUUUGCCAGUACAUUGCUGCAUAUUCAGCAUGGAACUCGCAUGGACUGUGGAAAAGAAUUGUUUAUACUCAAAGCUCUGAUAUAGAUUCACAUUUUAGAAAGACGUAGGGACCUUGCAUCAAAAAAAGGAGAUCUUUUUAUGUUUUAUUAAGAUGUUUUUGUUAAACAGUACUUUAGCAUUCUUAAACAUAAUUGCUAGUUCCAAAGGAAGGCAGCAGGCUCUGUCCUACAAGACACCAUCUGUACAAAGGAGAAUAGUGAACUUCAUAGAUACUUCUUUUCUUCACUUUAAUGUUUGGGGUUUUUUUCUCUUCUCGUUGUUGCGUAGGGUUUUAGUGCAGCUGAUUUGGUUUGUCAUUCUAUUGAAAACAGUGGUCCAGUCCUAGAAAUUCUUAGCCAAGUGAGGCUGUUGCCUAGUGAGCUAAUUAAAGCAUCAGCCAGGCAGGAGCUGUAAGCCUGUGCAGUGUGACAUUUAUCUUAGCCUCAGCACAGGCUGGUGCAGUGGAAUUUAAGAUCCUUCACAGAAUAUUUGAUUGAAUUCUCAGAUGAGAAUCUUUGGAAAUAUUGACUCUAAAUUAAAUUACAGCACUGUAGCUUGAGCAGGAAAGAAGAAUUACAUGUUUGCUUUCAGCAUAAUUUUUAUGUUAGUUGUAGAAAGUAUUUCAAGGUGUGUAGUGCAAUGCUUAGGUGCAUACUUAAACUAGAGAUGUAAGUGCUGGGCCAGAUUUUGAAAUACUAACAUCACCAGGAACACACACAAGGAAACAUCAGUUUUAGCUUGCAAUACUGCUCAAUUUCAUAGUUCAAAGGCUUACAUAGUAUAGCUCUUACACUACAGCAUAGUGAGGUAUCAGGACAGGUUUUGCAUUCCUAUUAAUUAAGCACUUCCAUUCUGCUAAUGCAUGAAAAUGCUUCUAAAUGAGUUUAGAGAAGUUUCCAUGUUUUUAGAUGUGACAGUAAUCCACAAACUUUUGGGAUAGAAUGAACCAUAUCCUUUCUCCCAGUAUUUAUUGCUGCACACUAUGGAAAAGUACAUUUGGAAGUAAGUUCUACAGUAGUAAGUGUUCAGCAAACCUAUAGUGGUUUGUGUUUUUGCUAGCUCCUAUUUUUAAAAGAAGUUGAAUGAAGGGCUUACCUGCUUUCAGUGUUUACACAAUGUCAGUGGGGAGAGUCUGGGCUUCAUUAGUAGCUGUCUAUCAAACCUGUUUCCUUUGUACACUGCAUAGUCACAGGCUGUGAUUAACAACAGAGGCAUGUUUCUAGCCAGAUUUCCUACUCUGUGGCCUCUGUUUCCUCCCUGGUAGGCCUGAGGCAGGUUUGCUGAGAAUUGUUUUUUCCCCCAAUUAUGUCUUCACAAAGAAAUGCCCCCUACCAAACUUGGGUACUGAAACCAGAAUUUAGAUAGUCUUCAGGCAUUUAAAGACUGAAAUUGUCAUUCCAGAACCCUACAGUUUUACUUAAAUCUAGUAACAACUGUCUCUUUGACAUGUGGAGCUGCUGAGCAGUUUCCCUCCACCCAUUUGGAACUGCUCAGAGCAGUUCCACAUCUACCUACCAAGUGGGAAAUCCAGAAACCACUGAUGUAAUAGGGUUUAAUUUAGGUGCAAACCAAAGGGCCAGGCCACCCUCAAGUUUUGUUUGCAUAUGUUUUGCUUUUAAAACAACAAUUUUGUCUAGAGUAGCCUGAAGUCUACCAUAUUUGCAUAGGAACACGGAGAUCUGUGUGUGCUUUCGUAGCCUGCAAGCAUUCAGUCCACGUCUCCCUGGUUGUCAGUGGACUAAAGGAACUCUUGGAGCUAGUCCGUGAUCUCUACAUAUUUAUGCAUUUUGCAUUGUGUGUUAAUCUCACAAAUCAUCGAGGUAGUCAUCCUUACUGAGUGAUCUGAUACCAGCUGGAGAGACACAGUCUGCCCUGCUGUCUCUCUUCCCCCUGAAUCUUACAGCCCUCGUGUUUUAAUGAGACACGUGGGAGAUAGUUGCCCUAAUUUUUCAGGGAGUAAUUUUUCCUCCUAGACUACUCCUGUUUUCAGGGUCAUCUGCUAGAGAAUUUAGACUUGAAUUCCCCUAAGCUGAGACUCAACUGGGGCCUUGCCCUCGUGUGUGUGUGUAUGUGCACACCCCUGUGUUCUCACAUCUCCACAGCUGUUCAGAAGUACAUUGGGACCACCUCCUGUCACUCUUUCUCAGGGUGAGCUUCAUGCAAAUCCUCCAAAAGCACACAGAGACUCCUGUACAUUGAGUUCUGAGCAAAUUCCAGGCCCCACCUCCUGGAUGGGCAAUUCAGCACAGAUUUAGUACAAGCUGCUACAAUUGGGCAGGUUUUCUUUGGAAAGCUUUUGCAGACAGGCUCUGUGUUUUGGGUUACCAGGCUGCAGUGAGCUGCUCCGUGCACUGUACUGGGAGACCAAACAGGUAAUUUGGAUUCUUCUCAGGGGUGCCACCUUAGUAAAGAGGCAUUGCAGUACCCAACAAUGAAAUGCCUAAAGCCUUAAUUGAAUCCAGAACUAAAUCCCAAUUUCAAUAAAGAAAUGCUAUUAACAGAUGAAACUUCACUGUUUCUAUCUAUUAAUUGGUUCUGUAAAAUAGAAAUCUUAAUUGCAGCAAAAGCAUGUGUACAAAUUCUGUUUACACUUGAAACUAAGUCAAAAAAAAAUUGGCAAAAGAAUAACCCUGUUUGAUCAAAACUUGCACUGUUAAGCAACAUGGGGAGGAUGUUAGACAUACCCUAGUAAUGACUGAAAUUGUGCAGUCGAUGAUGUAAAUUCUGUCACAGAAAGAUUCUUUGUAAAUAAAUACCUGGUAAAAUUUAAAGUGAUAAAAGAAUAAAUUACUCACAUGAAAGCUGUACCUCUCUUGUGCUGUUUGAUUGGCUCUCAGAGUGCUGUAUCCCAAUUACCACUACUCAUGAGUGGCUAUUGCUUUUCCUAAUUUACAUGGUGUAUUCCAUUGACUGCUCCAUAGAUGUGUUAACCUUCAUUAUCACAAAGCUUAACAGUGAUGCUGGUGCUUUGUGUCUGGACCGAUAUGUUGUGUUUUCUUCCUGGAAUGAAUCCAGAUCUAGACAGAAUCCUAUCUUUGGGGGAUUUUUGCUUUUUCCCAGUAGCAUUGCUCCUGAGAAACUUAAGAAAACACAAGAAGGGGAAAUGGUAGUACUGUUGAGCAGUCAUAGUAAAAAGCAUUUUAUAAAUUUCUCUUUUUCUGCUGUUAUUUUGCACACCAGAUUGGUGCUGGUUUAACAGCACAGCUCUGUUUGGCUAUUACCAGUAGUAUGAAUCUGAGUACUGUUGUAGCAAAGUAUGUUUUUAACUAUUUGCUGCCUCAGCUCCUCCUCUGAGGUAAUGUAGUGCAAAUUUGUAAUACAUUUACUAGGUUACUGAAGCUAUUCUGACUUCAUAUUACUGCUACCAAAAGCAGAGAUUGGCACACAAGCUCAGUAAAAUUGUGCACUUCAAUCAGAAUAUGUAAUCACAUACUUUUCAUUUGUUUUGGCCCGCUGGAUGCUGAGAGCUGCUGGACUGAACCCACUGAUAUUAGGAAUCAGCAGGAGUGCUGGUUUUGGCUGGGGUCGAGUUAAUUUUCUUCACAGUAGCUGGUAUGGGGCUGUGUUUUGGAUUUGUGCUGAAAACAGAGUUGAUAAUAGAGAUGUUUUCAUUGUUGUUGAGCAGUGCUAACAUAGAGCUAAAGCCUUUUCUGUUCACCCCACCAGGAGGCUGGUGGUGUCCCCUCUAAAGCACAAGGGCUUUGGAGGGGACACAUCUGGGACAGCUGACCCAUCUGACCACAGGGAUAUUGCAGACCAUUUGUUGUCAUGCUCAGCAUAUAAAGGGAGGGAAGAUGAAGAAGGAUGGGAGGACAUUUGGAGUGAUGGUGUUUGUCUUCCUAAGUCUUCUCUAUGUGUGUUGGAGCCCUGCUUUCUUGGGGUGGCUGAACACCUGCAUGCCCAUGGGAAGCAGCAGAUGAAUUCCUUGUCCUGCUUUGCUUGCAGGUGCAGCUUUUGGAUUGGUUAUUAAGCUGUCUUUAUUUCAACCCAUGAGUUUGCUCACUUUCCCCCUUCUGGUUGUCGCCCCCAAAUCACUGGGAGGAGUGAGUGAGUGGCUGUGUGGGGCUGAGCCACUGGCUGGGGCUAAACUGCAACAGCAGGCUAUUUUGGAGACUAUCUUUCAUGAAUUACUCAAAGAAAUGGGAGUGAGGAGUAGGAGGGAAGAGUUGAAUUCAGAGUCAAAAGUACCGACUGUAUAUCCAGUUGAAACAAAUAGCAGGGAAGGGAAACCACAGUUAGUUCUUGAGACAGUGAUGACCAUAGGGCCAGUUUUUUUUCAAAUAUUUCUUAAACAGGCUAGGUUUUUACCAUUUAUAUUGCUAGUGUUACCAUUUUGCACCUGCAAUGCUUCUUAAACUACCACAAUGUUUAAUAAGCUACCUUUUGCAGGAGUCUCUUGCUUUGCUUUUAAGGCUUAGUGGAUAAACCCUGGACAAAUUUGUGAAAUCAUGAAAUAACAAUGUCAAUGCUGCCACUUAAUGCAAAUUCUUUAGACACUGUUCACAGUUCAGGUGAAUUGUAUGUGUAACUGAUGUAUUAAUAGUUUCAUUUUUGAAGCAUUUAUAGGUAAAGCUUUUUAUGUACUCCCGGUUUAUGUUGUAAUGAAAUAAAUACUUUUAAAAAAGUUUAUGCUCCUUGUUAGGGAUUUCUGGGUAAUUGUUUUUUCUUUGUUAUCUAUCCAAUCACUAAAUGGUAUUAUAUUUUUUUCUUACAAAGCAAAGACAAAAUUAUACAAAUUAUCACACAGGUAAACAUUUAGGAAAUGUUUCUAAGACUAAGCAAAAAAAAGAAUAUUUUCAUUUCACAGUGCCUGGGUGUUUGGAACUUGAAAUAUUCUGCACUGAAAACAUUUUCCUAAGUGCAGAUUAGCAUAUACUCCAGUUAACUUUUAUUUCUUUUUUGCGGUCAGUAUGUUAAAGUGCAUUAUUCAUUUGUUGAAGUUACAUGUAGGUUUUUCCAGAAUACUCUCCUGUGUUAUGUCAUGCAUGUCAGAUUUUUGGCUGGAGUAGAUUUACAGCAGCCUAAGUAAAAACAGAAUCAAACACAUUUUAAAUUCCCUACUUUGUCUCCUACUUAUUUUCUCAUCAGAUAUUUUGCUUGACAUGAAGUCAUAUGACCUGUUUGGAAACUCCAGUAUUCAUAGACUACGUGGGGUUGGACUAGCUGUAAUUUCUGUUAUUUCCUUAUCUGUUGAAACAUGCAAGCUUUCUUACAUUUUCUUAAGUAGGGCUAAAUUCUGCUGCUGAUUAAACCAGGGUAAAUCUGGAAUAGCUCAACCAAACAUCUUAGAUUACCAGAUUUUUUUUUUCAUUCAGCCUCAGAGUUUGAGUCUGUCAUAAAAUCACUGUAGACCUCCUUUGGAAAACAAAAAGAAAAGUUCUGACUAAGACUCAAGCAAUCAGUCACUUGAAUGUGUUUUGGUGUUUUUUUCUUCAUUAGAAUAUAAAUUUUGAACUCUGGUUUUUCUCUGUGUUGUGAACUACACAUUGGGAAGUUUUGUGUCAAAGAAGUUUUAUCUCAAGUAUGUAGUCCUGCUUGAUUCACUGAACAUUUUGCACCUACAUCUCUCAGGAUGCUUAAGCCCCAGGCUCAAGCUUCAGGUGUAGUCUGGUAAGUUACGUUGCUAGGUCCAGUAACCUGUGCCAUGAUUAAUUUUUCAGUUCUGAAAUACUAAACCAAACAAUUGUAGGACAAAGGAUUUGGAUUUCAAAGAUCUCUCAACUUGGGCACACAAAAUCCCCUGUUGUUACCUGUUUCCUGGUAUAAUGCAUCACUUGUGUCCAUGGAUUUAAAAUUCACAGUUAGUUUUCAUAUAAAAACAUCUGCAGGCAGAUGGUGUUGACCUGUAUUCCCCUGAAGGCAGAGAAGUCUUGCUGCAAGACAAAUCUUCAGUUGCUAGACUGUGCAAACAAGGAACUGUGAACUCUCAUGUCAUAGUCAGUAAUUAUCAAGUGAACAACAAUGUCGUCAAACAUGAGUUUACAGCCUUCGAACAGAUGUACCUAUCAUGGGUGGGGACAAAGGAAACUUGAAUCAGUAGCUAUUAGUGCUGGGACUAUGCCUAGGAAAAAACCCCAUUCCUGUUUCAGGAUUGCAUUGUCUAGGCAGCUGUCAAGAGAAGAAAGAAGUCCUAGGCUGAAUAACAGCAUGUGGCUAAAAGUAGGUCGGGAAGCAGUAAGUGUGGCAGUACCUGCAGGCGUCUUAAAAUGAGUGUGAAGAGGAUCUGUGUCUUGUAAACCCCAACUAGAACAGCUGCUGGUGAGCAAGCUCAGGCAGAGGGAGGGGAGCACCCCUGUGCUGGCAGCCUGUGCCACCCCUGUGGCACCUGCGUGGCAGGUCACUGGCACUGAGCAGUGACAAGAAGGAGCUGAGUGAGCAUCCUCUGAAUGACAGCUGUCCUGAUGCAGAGUCCUUGGGAAGGAGAGAGAAAACAAUACACUCCUGGCUGUCAUGUGCCAUGCCCUUCGUUGCUGUGCUCUCUCCCUGUGCUGGCAGUGCCUGUUCUCAAAUUCCCUGCUGAGAAGCUUAUACUUGGAAAGUCUUGAAGGUGAUGACUUUUUAUUCUCCUUCUUUUUCUGAUUUCUAUUUUUGCCUGUUUAUUUCAUUUGUCUUUUUUUUUCUUAUGCAGUCUUCUCUUUUUGUACCUCUCUCAUUGUCUUUUUUCUUUCCCCUUUAGAGGUUGUAUGUAUUUGUCUCUCUACUCAAACAUUUGAAUAGGUAACACAGGGAGUCUGUGAAUUUGGAAAAUUACCUUUUAGAAGUCAUUGAAACUCAUUUCCUCAGGAGGCAAACUUUCCUUCCAUAGCCUGAUAAUUUUUUCCCUUAAUACAGCCCUAAAUUUUUAGGUGAAGUGUGGAAGACUUGAUCUAUCUGCUUUUUGGCAAAAUGGAACGAUGAGCUGCUCACUUCCUAAGGAAAUAAAGAAAGUUGUGAGCAAUUAAAUUAUUCAUAAUGCAGACUUAAGGCAAGAAUUUGGCACCUUUUGUUAAGCUUACCUGAGCUUUUAGUCACCGCAGAACUGCAGCUACAGGAAAAAGUAACUGCAGGAUUGAAUUAUCAAUCAGCUAGGAGGUCUUUAAGGAAUAAAGUAAGAGCACACACUGUGGCAGAAUAAAGUUCAUUCCCAUAUCAUUUAGAAACCAUUAUCUCAGUGAGCAGAGACUAAUUUACUGACAACUUGUUAGUGCAUUACAGAUGAAGGUGGUUCUUUUUUUUCCUGUGUCAUCAUGAUCCCCAUCUCCAUGUCUCACCCCAUUCUGGUCCCUGACCUGCUGAUCUGCAGUUCUUUGCACAUGUGAAAAAUAAUUUCAGGAUUUGACAGCUGAAAAUUUGUAGGAAUUUUUACCUGUUCUGCACAGGUAGAUGGGUCUGUCAUCUGCAAUGAUGGAUCAUUUGUCUCUCCCAUAUUUUUCUAAAUAAAGAAAAACAUAGAAUCUCUAUUAGAAUUAGAGAAAUAAAAGCUGAUAUUAAAAAUAACUUUAGGGAAUACAAAUAAGGAAAAUAAAGUUUUUCCAUCAUUGCCAGUCUCUUUUAGAUCAUAAUGAAAUCCUAGACAGGCAGAGAGUCUUCUUAAAAAUACAUUUUAAACUAUUAGGAAAAUGCAAAAUCACACAGGUCCAUGACAGAGUUUCUGGAUUGGGAGCAGCAUGGUGCAGGAACUUCCAUGGAUUAAUUAAGAGAAGAUGACCCUCUUUAUGUUCUUACUGAAGUUCUCUGCUCCUGUGUAUCUACUGAAAGCAAAUUCUGAUUCUUACUGUGUGUUUCAGUAAUAUGCCUUGGAGGUGCAGGUAUUCUAUAAUCCUAUUCCAGAGCAAAUGGAAUACUUACUGAAAGAAAAACUGAAAGAAGUUUCAUCAUUAAUCAUUCCCUUCCUUCAUAUCUCCUUCUUAAGUGCUUCUUCAAUGAAUCCAGUGUUAUUUAAUUGCAGAUUCUGUCUGUGUCCAAGUCUGGUUUGCCUUGACAGAGUUGGAGUGUAAAGGUGUGAUGGUAGUGCAUGUGGAAUGUUGGACAAGCCUGGUCCAUAAAAAGCCAUGGCUGUUUCUCAGCUGGCUGACACACAAAUGGGAAGGAGCCCAGCCUGGCAUUUAACUCAUCAAUGACUGCUGUCAUUGCUACAUCAGACUUUCUGACCAGUUGUACACUGUUGUUGGUGUACAGGUGUGUGUCAGACACUAUACACCAAUCACUACAGAUGUAGUGUAACACGUUCUUAUCCCAGUCUAGCUAGGGGCAUUGUGCCUCCAGGCAAGAAGAGGAAGUCUUUGCUCACCUCGUACUCUUUGUUCUGGCUCCCACUGCUUUCCUGACCAGACUGCCUGGCUCAGUGCCUGCAGAGAGGAGCAAAGCUGUAUAUUCCCUCUCCCUAAAACAAGAAAGGCACAGCAGUUCAGCUGUUACGUCUUUGUAGGUCUCCGGGGAGAGCACACUUCCAGACUUCCUCUUACUCAAAUUACAAGGUUGCCCUUCAUUCCCAAGAGCUAAGAAAAAUGCUUAGCUUACAUGUGGUAAGAAUGAACUUGUAAAAGUUAUUUUUGAAGGGGCAGUGAAAAAAACAGUAUUUGCAGUGCCUGCCCUAGAUGUUGCUACUGUAUUUGAAACAGCUGGAGUGUAGGACCCCUCAUCAGACCCUGGGCUUCCUCAUGCACAGUUUAAAUGUGAAGGAAUUCAGGCAAUAGGUUCACUUUGAACUUUCCCUGCUCUCUGGGGGCACUAAAAAAGUCAAAAGAGCCAUUUGAGUGACUGCAGCAGUUCCUCUUCCACAGUGCUGCACAGGGACUCUGCACUGCUGUGCCAUGGCAGAUGGCAGCAGCGGGGAGAAAACAUGGGAGCAAUAAGGAGCUUGAGUGAAGCAUUUUUAGUGGGAAGAAAUCACAGGUGCAGAUUACCUGGGAGACAGUUCCCUGUUAAUGUUUUUUUGACUCUUACAUAUGCUUGCACAUAGUUUAUAAAAGAAGAUAAUUCUGUGGGCAGUGAAUGAUUAAUUCCUGCUGCUCUUGCGUUAGGAAGUAGAGGCUUCAAGAAGACCUCGUUUUGUUUCUGGUUCUGCCAUAAAAUUCCAUUUAUUACUGGGCAAAAGCUGUUAAAGCUUCAGUUCUCUCCAAACAGAAAAGUGGGGUUCAGAAGGGAGAGAAAGGUGAUUCAACCCAUUAGGUAUUGAAAAUAAGUUCGAGGGUUUUUUUCAUCAGUAAAGGACUUCAGGAAUAUUGGUUAAUACUGUGGAGUGCAUUUUAUUGUUCAACAUUUUACUGUAUUUGCUCCAUGUGAACAGAGUAUUUUCUUCCUGUAAAGCUGACCAGAAUAAAAAAGGAGUGAAACUGUU